UAUUCCCGGGAUUCCACACAGGAAGGUCAGGAUUAUGAGGAUGAAGAACACUUUUCUAAAAUAGAAGAAAACAGCAAAAUAAGUCAGAGGUCGUCACUGAGCCACCAGUCUUAUAAAGAGGAGGAACUUCCAGAGAUUGUUAGCACAGAUGGAUGUGAUGUUGGGAAUUCCUCGGAGGGGCUCUGUGUUUCUUCUACAGAUCAUGUCGGAGAAGAUGAUGGAGUCACAACAGAUUCUCAGGGAGUGAAGUCUUACUUGUGCUCGGAGUGCGGUCAAAGUUUUAAACGGAAAGAUCAUCUGCGAAGACACAUGAGAAUUCACACCGGUGAGAACUUUCCCUGUGAAGAGUGCGGGAAAUGCUUUUCGCGGAAAGACAAGCUCACAUCACACCUGAGAAUCCACACCGGCGAGAAUUUUCCCUGUCAAGAGUGUGGGAAAUGCUUGUCGCGGAAAGAGAGCCUCAUUAAACACCUGAGAAUCCACACGGGCGAGAAGCCGUUUUCCUGUCCAGAGUGCGGGAAACGCUUUAAUCAGAAAUACAUUCUUUGGAGCCAUCAGAAAAUUCACUUAGAUACGAGUUCCUUGUCAUCUUUGGAGUGCAGAAAACCUUUUAUUCAUACAUCUGAACAUACCACACAUCAGGGAGCCCACACCAAAAAGCUAUUUCCAUGCUCAGAGUGUGGGAAACUGUCUAUAAGUAAAUCCCACCUUAUUGUACACCAGAGGAGCCACACCGGUGAGAGGCCGUUCUCAUGUUCCCACUGCCAGAAGUCAUUCAGAGUAAAGUCAGAACUUACCAUCCACCAGAGAAGUCACACCGGUGAGAUGCCAUUUUCAUGCCCAGAGUGCGGGAAAGGUUUCAUACAACACAGGAACUUAAUUGAACACAUGAAAGGGCACACUGGGGAGAAGCCGUUCUCCUGUCCCGAGUGCGAGAAAUUUUACAGUCGGAAAAAUCAACUUGUUGUUCACUUAAGAAGUCACACAGGCGAACGUCCUUUUCAAUGUUUAGAGUGCGGGAAAGGUUUUUCGCUAAAAUUUCGACUCCAUAAACACCAGAGAACUCACACGGGAGAGCGACCGUUCUCCUGUUCAGAGUGCGAGAAGUGUUACAGAAGGAAAGAGGACCUUGUUAUACACCUCAGAGGUCACACGGGUGAGCGACCUUUUUCAUGUUCAGAGUGCGGGAAAUGUUUCACUUGUAAAGUAAAACUUCUCAGACACCAGAAGAGUCACACAAGUCAGCACCCUCUCUCCUGUCCAUAGUGUGGAAACUUCCUAAAGAGGGACAUCUGUUCCGAAGACAAGGAUGUGUUUCUAACUGGGGGAGGGAUGGGAGUGACUGGGGGAGGAGACAACAAAUGAUAUGUCUCCUCUCCCCUGACAGAACAGAGAUUUGUGUGUGCCCGGGAUCGCAGGUAGCCAGCGGCGAUCGCACUGGCGGGUCCCCCACAUGGUUUCGCACAGCAGAGUCAUCCUGCCGACGUAUAUCGGUGUGAGACGGUAGGCAACUGGUUAAUUAAUGGAAUCUCCAUCUCAAUGACUAAGCCCCAUGGGUGGGACGAAACACGACAGAGGUCAGGGCUUGGGCAGAGUCUGGGCUUCAUCUCAAUGACUAAGCCCCAUGGGUGGGAUGAAACACAUCGGAGGUCGUGGCUUGGGCGGAGUCUGGGCUUCAUCUCAAUGACUAAGCCACACGGCUGGGACAAAACGCGUCGGAGGUCGUGGCUUGGGCGGAGUCUGGGCUUCAUCUCAAUGACUAAGCCACACGGCUGGGACAAAACGCGUCGGAGUCAUGGCUUGGGUGGAGUCUGGGCUUCAUAUCAAAGACUAAGCUCCAUGGGUGGAACAAAACACGUUGGAGGUCGUGGCUUGGGUGGAGUCUGGGCUUCAUAUCAAAGACUAAGCUCCAUGGGUGGGACAAAACACGUUGGAGGUCGUGGCUUGGGUGGAGUCUGGGCUGAGGCUGGCUCUCAAUUCUCAUAUGGGGGUUUUUGUGUGACGUCCGGCACCCGGGACUUUCACUUUACUGGCUCCAGCUGUUGAUUGUCCGUUAUGAAUAAAGCUGUUUUAUGGACGACUCUCUUCAUCAUCCGGUCUCUUCAAUAAAAAUAUUAUGUAACGUC